CACGCCUUCACUCACGGGUCGCAACCCGAUCCUCGACCACAAUGCGCCUCUCAACCCUCGACAUCCUCCCAACGGUCCUCCUCGCCAGCGUCGUCACCGCCCUCCAACUCCCCGACAUCCAACCUUUCCUCGCCGCCCUCCCCGAUGUCUUCCAAAAUUACUUGGCCACUCCGAUCCAGAACACCACCGCGCAAGAACUCCUCAAAAGACAGAGUAGCAACUCCUGCCCGAAUGGCUUCAACUCAUGUGCAAACCUCGGCGCCGCGGGCUUGUGCUGCAUGUCGAACGCGGUGUGCAGCGCCGACAAUGCCGGACAUGUAGCCUGCUGUCCUUCACGAGCAGUCUGUACAGGAACAAUCGGAGGAGUCAUCACCGCGGGCACCAUCAAUGGGAACGGAGGUCUGGUGGGUGGCGCAACGGGCGUGGGACAAACGGUCACAACGAGCUUCCAACUGGCGGGCACGACGACCAACGGCGGUGGACUGGUGCAGGCUACGGCGCCUCCGACUACGAAUCCUGGAGUUGCGACGGGGAAUGGCGGGUUCAUCAUUGAUGGUGGGAAUACGGUUGCUGUACCUGCGGGUGGUGUGAGGAGGGCGGAGAUUCCGGGCAUUGUGGCCGCCAUCAUCUAUCUCUUGGAAUUUCUGCCACUUUGAGAACGAGAACACUGCUUCACGAUGACCAGCGUAAUGAGUUGAUUGUAAAUACCAGGACAG